UUCAGCAGAUUGAGAACCUACUUUCGAAGCUGAGAAAUCAAGUAAAACAAGGAAAAAGGUUAGUUCACUCACUUGGCAUUGAAUUCGUUCAUUAAAACUUGAAUUUGACCUAGAAGGCGCGUUUCAUUGGCCUUCAGAUUAUGAUGUUACGAGAGAUCCAAGAUGCGCUGGGUGGGAAGUCACCAACUGUUCAUGAAGAAAAAAAUAAAAGGUUUUGGAAGUGUCCUCAACCAAACUGUCACGGCCUUGCUUGUCCCACUGACUUCAGGUGUACUAUGUGCAACAAAGUUAUUGAUUUAUCUGAUACCUCUCUGAAGUCUUCUGCUAAAACAGAACCUGUCAUACCAUCAUCCAAUGGCACACCAUCGCUGAAGAGAUCAAGGAUGGCCAACAACAACCAUCUUGUUCCUCUUAACAUAUUCAGUAUCGGAAGGUCAGGGAUUUUUGAUGGCCGUGCUGAAGAUUGUUGCAUCAGUUCAACUUCCAUUUCAUGCAAAGUGAAAGUAGAAGGCGUGUGGACUAGUGUCACCAUCCAAUACAAUAAUAUGGAAAUGCUUGUUUUCUGCGAAACCCUCCAAGUGAUUUUCGUCAAACCAUCUAUUUCUUUCAAGACACAGCUUUCUGAAUUGCUUAGAAUCAAGGAAUUCAUUUUGCCAAGCGUCAAAUGGUUAAUUUUGGUAUUCCGGGAACCAUCUGCUAGCGACUUGUUGUAUGUAACAGUAGAUGAUCUCGAAGGUUUAGCCAAUCGAGUUCGUGAAAAUGGAUCUUGUGACAUAAAUUGUAGUGCAGAAAAGGCUAGAGAAAUUCUUUCUAGUUGUGGCCUUCGUCUGCCACGUGCUGAAUCUAAAAGGACUAAUUCAACUUUUCGUGAGUCUCAGAUUUCUAACCAAGUCGAUCAAACUCAAACCAAGUCUGAUAAGUAUCCCAUUUCAAAUUUGGAAUCUAGUUCAUCCCAAGUUGACAAACACACAAAUGAGGGAGGUCUGCUGACUGAUGUGAUAAAUACUCUUACUCAUUCCGGUAUCCAACUGACAAAUAACUCAAGUUCACUUCCUCAGGAAAGCGGAAAUACUAUCCAAGGAAAACUGACAAUAGGUGAAUGUAAUAAAGAAUGUGACGAUUUAAUCAUUCUCUGUGAAGAAAAUACUGGCGAAUGGAUUCAGAAUGCUAGGUCAUCUGCUUUGACUAACAGUGGCAAUCCUCAAACUGAAUCAUCUACGAAUCCUGAUGACGAUUCCUUGAAGUUCGACUACAAACCUCCUGGGUCUACUGACAGUAUAACAAUAACCAAUAAUGAUAUUGAGUGUCUUGCACCUGGAGCUCUUUUAAAUGAUGCUAUAAUUAACUUCUAUCUCAAAUUUUUGUAUUUCGAAAAGCUCACAAGUUUCCAAAAACAAGCCACUUAUUUGUUCAAUGUAUUUUUCUACAGUCGGCUGGCGAGUGGUGGUUAUAUAUCGAGUGAUGUACGUAGUUCUACAUUCUCAACUAAUUUACCAAAGACUUCAGAAACCACAGAUGAGUAUGUACAAAUCUUACGAAGUUUGGUGUUUUUAUUAAUGUUAUUUUUUGUAUUAUAUCUACGUUCCUUUCCUCGUAAAUUAUAUGUGUUCGUUAGAGUUUUUAAUGUUAUGUGUUUUUGUGUUUUACUUUCACUUUAAAAUGAAAUCUCACUUCAAAAUUACAGGUAUUUAUUACACUGUUUAUCGUCAUAAAUUGUAUCGGAUACCAUACAAUAACCAAUCUUACUCUCUCUUCCAUAUCUCAUCAUCUGCCCAUAUCAAUAAAAAAUAUGAUAACUAUUCAAGUAAUAGACACAUCAACUAAGCUUAUAUUGCUUUUACGACUUCGAAAAUACAUGCAACAUUCACAUUUUCACGUUGCAUAUAUUCAAGCUUUGAUUUUCAAUGUAUACCAAUAAUUUUUAACGCAACCGUAACACACCUCUAUAGAGUCAUACCAUAGUUCAGAACCCGGCAAAUAUUGGUUCUCGAGAGACGUAAUGGUUUUCGCUCUCGUCGAGGAUGCAUCCAUCCGAUCUUCACUCCGUUUCAAAGUUUAGAACACUGUCAUUCUUAUUACAGGCCAAAAAUCAUAGUGUUUCUUAACGUUAGUGCUCCCUUCACUUCUUUGGACAGGACUGUUGACUGAAAUUGCCCAUUAAAGAAGAGUUUGUUUAAGAAGUUUAUUCACAACUUAAGAGACCUAUAUACGAAUACCUCAGGUAGAGUGAGAGCAUACAACCACCUUUCUCCAUUGUUCUAUUCAAGCAGUGGGGAGGCUACACAAUCUCACGAUUCGUCUUCAACUUUGCCAUUGAUGCGAUUCUGGAUACAGCUCUGAUGGAUGUACGUAAUGGUGGUGUGGAUUUGUCAUCUGGAAAACGACACUUUGGCCUUGAGUGUGUGGACGAUAUUAUGUUACCGUGCGAUGAUAUCAAAACCAUGCAGUCCGCACUUAAUCAGUUAGCAGUUAGUGUCCGUAGGUGUGGCAUGUGGUUAACACCUUCCAAGUGCAAAGUACUUUUACAAGACUGGUAGCACCUACUGUGCUUGGUCAUCGUUGUCUCCGAAGAAUUGCUAACACCAUCUUGAAACAUCGACUUCGGUGACUUGGACAUGUCUUAAGAAUAUCAUCACAGUGAGUUCCACAUCGUGCAUUAUUUGCCGAUUCAAUGACCAGUUGGAAAAAGAGGAGGGGUGGUCAGUGCACGACAUAGUGUCGUGGUAUGAAAGAAAGCUUUACAGGACUAGCUUCUGUUGUUGGUUCACGACUCCCUGGUUGGGGCUCUAGGUAUGGUGCAACACAGGAGCUUGAUAUGUCAUCAGAUAUGGCUCAGAACAGAAGCUAGUGGCGAUCGUGUUGUAACCUUCUUUUACCUUCUUCAUGAAAGUGAAUGUAACUUCUUUAACUGAAACAAUUUUUUCUAGUUGUAUUUUUGUUGACUGAACUGUUUCUCCCAUUAUUAUUUCACUCUCACACACUAGUUUCCGUUCAUUGUUGGUCUUCUUUUAUUAUACUCACCCUACAUUCCUUAUCCUUUCAUAACCUCAUUGUUAUUGUGUGGCACACAUAUAUUUGGUUCCCCCUUGUACUAAUUUAUGUGUUCAAAUAAAUAAAUACCUUUCAAUUUAUUAUUAUAUUAAAUAAAAAGACCCUAAUUUUAAACUGUAUAUAUCAGGCUGUAUCCGGUUAAUUAAGUUGCUCCAAGCAUAUUUGAAAUGAUUUAUUUAUAUCAGCAUAGAAAGUUACUGUAUCCAUAAUAAAAUCAAAGUCGUUUAUUGCUAAUCAGGAUCUUAACAGAAUAACGAUCUUGUAUGGAGGAAUGAAGAUAGUUACAAGAUUAUACACAAAAUAUAAGCAGACUCAAUAUUCAUUAGAAGUACUGCGUAUUAACAAGAUGAAGUCUAAAUCAGCAUUUCAAGCUAGUCGAUUAAAUACUGACAACAGAUAUGAAGUGAUAUACUGAUUUCGGGAUCUAAUGAGUUGUGAGUAUUGAAGUGCUCUAAUCAAUAGUUUGGUAAGUUCCGAAAGAAAAACGAUUGUCCCUCCUAAGGAGUCUUCCGGUUAAAAUUGCGAGUGCCUUAAGAUCUUACUAUAUCUCUAUACAAAUAAUAUUCAUUUUCUAAUAAACUUUCCUCUCCUCUGGUUUUCUACUGGCAAAACCUGUAAUCACUUUUUAUUGGAGUAAACACCUCAUUAAAUCCAUCAUACUUUGUUGUUCUCAGUCAGUCUUUGGCAACUUUGAGAUCUAUAACAAUUAUGUAUGGGAUCGGGUUGUCGUGUCUUACAUUAUCAUACCGAGAGAACAAUUUAAAACACGGGAAGCGGGAAAACUGGUGAAAAUCUAACUAAGAGUUAAAUAUUAAAAAGUACAUGUGAAACCGAAGAAUAAACUGUGCAGAAUGAUAAUGAGCUCAACAUUUACAGAAAUAUAAAUAAUCAGUUUGAUUGCUUCAAUGGGAUCGAUUUUGACCCUUGUCACCAAACCACGGAUUACGACUAUUGUGACUGGAAACAGUUGUGAACCUUGCCUUAACUCACCUAGCUCAGACUGGUUGUCAGUGACUCCAUGAACUCAUGCCAUGUCUUCACUUGGCCGCCUUUAGCCUUCUAACCUAAUUCUAUGUUAACCAGAAUAUAACUCUUAUGAGUAGUUAGUGGUAGGAUUUGCAUAACAUGGCUCAACCUCAUGAAUUGUUACACAUUCCAUCUAUCGACUUUUUAUUUGUUACUGCCUCACGAGUUCCAGGUUAACCGUUUUAUUUUUAUAAAUUCCACUUCACCGAAUUCUAAUUACUCAGUGAAUACGGCUGCCAGCCACCACAUUAAAAAACAUAUUGAUCAUGUUUUUUUUUCAAUUACUAAAUGCUUAUCCUUGAUUUUGUCUCGUGACAUUUUACAACUAUCAGCACUAACUAUAACAGCAAGAAAUCCCAUUGGUGAUGUUUAGCAUAUCUGAGAAGCUCAUAACGCAUUAAAACAGUAUUCAUGAUGUAGAAAUAUCUCCAUACGAUCAUUAACGAAUUGUAGGCUUUAUGACAAAUUAAUUUUCCAUAUAUCCAUGACAUUUCCUUGUUGUUUCUUAUCAGACUAUACGAAAAACAAGGUGGACUUGUCCAAUCACUAAUAUACCCUAAAAAUAAGGUGGUGAAUGCAUGAAAAAUACUUCUAAAACUCACGAACAAAAAUAACUAUUGAUUUCACCAAUUCGAAAGAUACCAAACAUGUCACAAAAGUGAUUAGAAUACAACUCAUUAACUAAUCUAAAUUGACAUCUUUAUAUAUCAUUUAAGCGUGUAAGUUUCUUACAACUCCUCAUAGGGAUAUCAAGGAACAAAAAGAUAAAGACUAAAAUAUCAAUCAUUAAUAACAGGAAAGUUGAGUACAAUAAUUGGUCAACUUAUUUCUCUCGAUUUCACUAAUAACAUAAUGUGGUGUUUGUUCUGUUAAGGAGAAACUGUGCAGCAUUAUCUCUGCUAUUUUGCUGUACUCACUGAAUCAGUAAUUUAUUCAUCCGCAUCGAAAGUUCUUAAUGAUCAUUACGAAAUUAUUUCAACUGUAAUGUCAUUGCAUCAAAUUACGUUUAUCUCUGCUAACCGCAUGACACGAGUAAGCGUUAGUUGGGAAGAUUUUCUCUAUGUUUAUAUGAUUGACAAAUUCUCAACGAAAUUUGAAAAUAAUCCGACAAGUAUUCAAAAAAAUUCUCAAGAUACUACCACACCCUUCAGAAAAUAUUCAAUUCUUCCAUUUCCAAUUCAUGUUGUUUUCAUAGAACAAUUUUUGCUCAGCAUGCUAAUGUUGCGAAAUGGACACGUCGAGUCGAUCUUUUCAGUAAAGAUUAUAUUAUUAUUCCAAUUAACGAAUGGUAGGUCUCUGAAAAAUUUAUUUUUUUAAACAUGGAUUGAAUUAUGUUAAGCUAAUUGAAUUUUUAGGAUUAUUUGGUUUACCAUUGAACAUUUUUCAAAUUUUUCAAUAGUGUUGUCAAACUUUUCUAGUAUCACAAUCCUCAGUAGUUUACUCAGAAUCCAUUCGAAAAUGUCUAGGUCUCAAAGAGUACUGCUGUUCGCAGUACUGACCACGUAAAAAAUGGACCACUUACAUGAAAAACUUUGGUAUAACCACUCAUGAACCUCGUAUUUCAGUGUUAGUUUUAACUGUGUUGAUAAGGUCAUUCACCUACUCUACUAUUUUACAAAACAAUACUGAACAGUCAAUUAACUUGGUAGAAUUGUUACGAUAAACAAUCAGAAAACUUGUUUUUUCCAUUAGUCAGAAUUAUUAUGUGGUUGGACGCAUCAAAUGGUUUGUUCAUUUUGACGGAAAAUCCCCCCUAAUGAGCACCUUUGUCGUAGAAAAUAUUUGUCUACAUAUGUUGAGACUAAUAAUAGAAGUCUGUUCAGUACGAUAUGUAAUUACAUUUUGUGGAAUUAUCAACAUAUAAUAUUGUAACAACUCACAGAAUAGUAAUUCCGUAAAACAACAUGUUGCCUUUAAAGAAAUCUAAAAUAUAUCAUAAUCCAGAAUAAUAUAACUCAUUUAUCGAGUACAGGUUUAUGUACUUGGAUUUUGUGUUCACUUUAUUUGGUAAGAAAGUUGAGGACAAUAUGCAGUUGAGCGAAUCAAAGUUAACGAAACACACAACAAAUCUAAAGUGUGAUUUUAAAAUGUAUUCCUUAACCACUGAAUGCUUGCCCCACGACAUAACACAAUUCGUCCAACGAAGUCCCGAGUAAUAUGACCACAGUAUUUCUUCUGAAUGAUUAAACUUAAAAUAGGUUCGACGCCGUUUUCUUUGUUGAAUUUCUAGACUGGAUGUUUAAUGUUUCUGAAAGUCAUUUAUGUUGAUAGUGGUAUGUACUACUGUCAGUUUAUUUUUAAAUAAGUAAUCAGAUGAUCGUUUAAUUAUUGAUUUAAAAGUUUGAAUAUUCCUUCAUCUACGUCGAUUUGUUUAGGCGAGUCGUAUCAUGAACUCUUACACUAGAAAUACUGACGGAAAUCAAGUACAUUAAACUUGGUAGAUAGGUUAUACUAAAAAUAUAGUUCUAGUUACAUUUGUUCACUUAGUCACUACUACAAUUGUUUAUUGUUCUUUAGUAUUUAAAUUAAUCCACCGUCACUGAUUCUGAUUGUUUACCUUUUAUAAACCGCAUGACAUUCUGUAUAUUCAGAUUGAUUGGUCGUCAUUGUUAAAACUCUUUCAGUGCACAUUGGUUUCUUGGUCUUGUCUGCUAUCCAUGGAUGGCGGGAAUGGUCAGUUACACGGCUCUCUAUCGUGAAGAAGUUUAUCAUCUCUGCCAGUUGACAGAAAAAUUUACUAAUGUCGAUCUCAUCAACUUCUCAGGCGACGAUUUAAAUUCCCUAGAUAUUGGUGAAGAAGUUAUUCAAAGGUUGCCUACUGACACUCCAGUAAGUAAUCAAUCAGAAAAUUUUAACAUUUAUACAAUUGCCCGAAACUUUUAAAAUUCAAAUUUGAGAGCUUUGCAUCUGUUUUGUUAAAAUAUAUUCAUGCCAAGUUUUACAUGUACCUAUAAAAAUUGUUGCUAUGGUUCUUAGAAAAGGCAUCAGCCUCGUGACUUACGAAGAAUCUCGGCUUUCACCAUGGGGCGUCAUAAUUUAUGUUAUUUAUGUUAUGCACCUACCAAUGAUAGUAACAAUGACAGUAAAGGUCAGUUCUAUGAGCGGCUGCAAUCAAUCAUAGCAAAGUGCCCAAGAAAGGCUCUCACCAUCCUGAUGGGAGACCUAAACGUCAAGGUUGGAAUGGACAACACUGGGCAAAGCAAGGACUGCAUUCCUACAACUGAAGAACAUAUGGCACUCGAAACAACAGUCAGCCAACAUCAAAGUGAGAAUCUUCAAUACUAACGCUAAGACAGUCCUACUGUACGGGGCUGAAACUCCGAGGACUACCACAACCAUUAUCAAAAAGGUACAAGUAUUUAUAAACAAUUGUCUACACAAGAUACUCAAUGUCUGUAGGUCGGAUACCAUCAACAACGACCUACUAUGGGAGAGAUCAAACCAGCUUCGAGCUGAAGAGGAAAUCGGGAGAAGACGUUGGAGGUGGAUAGGACAUACAUUCCCUCUCUAUUGAGUAAAUCGUAAAAGGCCCGGGACCUAUUGCUAAGGGCUAUCUUGAAUUCGUUGAGUUUGUCAGUAUCCCGAAGAAUGGGUGUAUUGAACUUUUGUGAUGUUGUGUGCCCCGUUCUUCAGUUCUUCUUGAGUUUCAGUUUCAUCUUGGAGACCAGCAAGUGAUAAUCUGAGGCUAUAUCAGCUCCUUUCUUGAUUCUCACAUCUUCCAUCGUCCUCCUGAACUUUUCGUUGAUGCAGAUAUGUUCGAUUUAGUUCUGUGUAGUAUGAUCCAGUGCAAUCCAUGUGGCUUUGUGUAUGCGUUUAUGUGGGAAUAUGGUGCCCCCUGCGACCAGUUUAUUGAAGGCACAUAGGUCCGCAAACCUCUCACCAUUUUCGUUCCUUUCUCCUAGUCUGUGUCGUCUUAUGAUGUCUUCAUAUCCGGUGUUGUCCAUUCGAACCUUGGCAUUUAUGUCCCCCAUGAGAACGGUCGAGUCCUUUGCUGGGCAUUUCCCAACGAUUGACUGCAGCCUAUCGUAGAGUUGAUCUUUAACGUCUUCAUUGCAGUCGUUGGUAGGCCUUAGUAAUUUUCGAGUGAAAAGAAUGAUCCUAAUGAUAGCAGUCACUCAUCUCUACUGAGGCGCAGUAUUUUACAUCUGAACACUGAAUCUUAGUGGCUGGAGCAGUAUAUCUUGCUUGUUAACCCCUUAACGACGUAGAGUUUUCUCCAUAUGUUAUCCGAGAAGUGUUCAGUGUUCAUCUACAUUGCAAGUCAAGUUGAUUCUACAAGAACUCACUCUUAUACAAUGUUCCCCAUCUCCAGAGAUCGUAUUACAGACGGUCAGUCGAUUAAGCUUGAAGCAUGUUUCCAUAAUUCAUAUUUGCCAGUACAUCCAUAAGUUAUUCGUUGUUAGUAUCAGUAUUAAUUGAUGACUACUUAAUUUUUGUAUCUCGCAGAUAAUUAAUUUCCUUUUCUAAUAACAGUGUCGUUUACCUUGUCUGACGAAAACAUCUUAAUAAUUCACUCUUGUACGGAAGAUACUGUAGGGCCAGUGAAAUGUCACUGAGUCAUAGCCAAAUCAUCCGGCAGUUGGGUCACUGAAUAUCAAACAGUUCACCGAUCUUCGUCAAAACCAACGACAACUAACGCGCAUUAGUUAAUCGCACGCCAUUGACUGGUCCAUGCGGUUAGCCGGCUGAUCCAACUCCAGCUGGCUGCCAAUCAUCCGAUAUAGAUCAUCUACUUUAGUGAUCUACAAUACCUUACUUUAUAUACCUUUUAGGUGGUGUUAACAUUGUUAGCUGAUAUUGUAUCUGAGCAUGCAAGGAAAGACCUGAUCUGUCAUCAGUGUUGCAUCUGCAACAGAAUAAUAGUAUUUUCUUUGCAAUUACUAAUGGUCCCAUAGAUAUUAAUUCAGUAGUGUUUUAAUGUAACAUCUGGUUACGGGACCACACAUUAAAAACAAAACAGUUGAACAAAUGAUACUUCUGGACACAGUCCAUGGUUUUAUUACGUGUUAAAAAGAGUUACUUCGACAUAUAUCUAUUUCUGAAAACAUGUACAGAGGAAUAAACAGAUGCAGGGACUACUGUGUUGAUGUUUUUGCAAAAUAUAGACGUAACAAUUAAUAUAACUGUCCCAAUUCACAGAGUCAGAAAAUUGAAUAAAAUCCGAUUCAUUAUUGAAGCACAACAAACGGCUAGACUACUUUACAAAAAUUUAUUGUCCAACACCAAAAGAAAACUGUCGACAACGAAUAAUCAAUCGGUGCCUGAAAAGCAAACACUCGUUACCAGUUUGAUUUGUCACAAUAUGUACAACCAUACAUUGAUGAUGAGUAAUCUUUGUACUUCUUGUUUGACUACAAAUCAUAAUCAUUGCUACCAUGGAAUUGUACUAUCUGUUCAUUUUUCCAAACAGAAUUUCUGUUACGAUGUAACUAUUAGAGGUAAUUUGUAUGGAAUUGAUAGUGAUAAGUGAGUGUCGAAUGACGAAUAGUAACAGAAAAUUAGUCAGUCAUCUAUAUGACUAAUAAGCAAUGAAUGGUGAAUGUAGUACUGAUAAAAAAUGUCUUGUACUUUCCCUCAAUGCUUGUAUAAAUAACUGUACAUUUAGUAUUUUUGGUAUUUUUAGGUUUCUAUAACGACUCAAGCCACUUAGCUAUAAACCGAUUUAAUUAACUAUUUAAUUCCAGUUGUAUGUUUAUUUAGUUUAAACAGAUCCUCGGUUCUGAUAAUUUCCCUGUUUCAACGUUUAUUAUGUUACGACUUUAUCUGACAUAAAUAUAUUUUUCCCACGCUUUGAAUUCCCAUUCAUAAUUUCCCAGAUUUUGUCAUCUAAUACUUUGAACUAGAAGUGACUUUUCUGGAGACAAACCUUGAGAAACAUUACAGCGUGAUUGUCCUUACCUUGUAUCUAAUAAACUGUUGUUGUAUGAGGAUUUGAGUGUUAAGGAACUGACGUAAACUAGGGAAAGCAAGAUGUGACUACCCACUGAGUGUAGACUGAAAAAUACUCAACUUACCAUUAAAUGUGUGAUUUCCCUCCUGUUAUUGACUUCUACUCUAAACUCACCGAUUCCAUGCUGGGUGUAAUUGUGUCAAACAAAGUAUUUUUUAGUCUACACUCUGGUUCUCUAUAUUUAGUUGUGAUUCGUGUAUCUAAUAUGACGUUAUCCCAGUUUGUGUGUAGCGUAUCGAUCGAGUAUCCAAUCUAGUGGUAGUAUAGUCUCAGUCACCGAUCUUAUUAUCAUAUUAUAGUGGUAUAUCAUGGAAAUGGAAAAUAUUUUUAUUCCGCCAUUAUAUCAGAAACCCACAAAUUUCAAUCACGACUGUUACCCACCUACUAGCCUCACGUAAACACACCUUUUAGACCGAACGGUUUUCCACCUUUUUUCUGGGGUCGGCUAUGCACGGUUAGUGUUCACUACAUAAAUAAAUUAUUAUUUCAAUUAUUGAUUGUCAACACGGGACCUAUUCUUCCAUUCUAGGGUGAAGCAUUUGAUCGGUGGCGGCGAAGACGUUUAGCCUGGCUUCGUCAACGUGGUGUUAACGCAAUGUAAGUUGUUUUUGUUACUCCAUAGGAGAAAUCAAUAUUCCCAAAUCUACUUACUGGAACAUAAGUCUAGUUUGCAUGUGCGGAAUUAUUACUCAGUCUGUUCCGUCUAUCAACCAAAGGACGUGUAUACUGCGCAGCAGUUCGUUCCGUCCUACUUUAUGGCAGUGAAACAUGACCGAUAAGAUUAGAGGAUAUUCGUAGGUUACUAGCAUUCGAUCAUAGGUGUCUUCAAAACAUUGCUCGUAUAUUCUGGAACCACCGAGUAAGUAACUCAGUUGCUAGGACACAGGUACUAGGUAAGGAUGACAAAUCAGUUAGGAAGUAGGAAAACUUCAUCAGUUGAGAUGGCUGGGAUAUGUGUUACGUAUGCCCAACCACCGACGUGCGAUGUUUUCUGGUGUAGGAGUAGGUUGGAAGAAUGCUAGGGGUGACCAGACCAAAACAUGGCACAAGUCCAUGAAGUCACUGACAAGUUGACUGAGUCAUGUUGGUAGGUGUAGACUACCUGGUUGGUAUCCGCGAGACGAUAGAAACCGAUGGUUCGAGACCUUGAAUGACAUGGCUCAAAAUCGUUUGUAAUGGCGCAGGUGCAUCUACUCUUUGUGUUCUCCCAAAUUCUAAUCUCCUGAUUUCUUCAUGUCCCCUUUUUUUCUCUUUCCAAAUUCAUUUCACUGGAUUAUACUCCUCAAAUAAAAACUUCAAACCCUAAUGUUUCCGAUUACUGUUUAUACUCUUACUACCUCUAUCACUAAGAGAUUUGAGUCGACAACUGCAUCUCUGUGCUAAUGUGGUAUGGCAACUCGAACUGAUGUACGUACGUACGAAGUUCUACGUUGUCACUGACGGACUGACUCAGUCUGUUCAGUCGAACUACUAUGUGAAAAUUAAGCAACUCCUUUUUCUAUUUAACUUGUAUUGUUAGUUACAUAGAGUUCAUAUUCUUGUUUCUGUACCAAAAACUUUUCGGUUCACAGUUGUAUACUGUAUUUCUAAUACCAUAUACUUGACGUUAACUCGUACCUCAAUAUGUUUAUCAGUUGGUCCAAAAUAUAACCCUGUGGCAAGUAAAUAACUUGAUAUUUUAGAGACUUUAUAAUCACUCUCACAUGUAUAUAUUCUAUUUAGUUAGCUUUAUUUUUUCUUUGUAACUGUUACUAAAUCCCAUUAUUUUGAAAAAACCCUGAAUAGGCCAUGUGUUUUACUAUUCGAUUCGCUUCCUUGUCAAAGCCGAGUUGGCAAUUUGCAUGUUAUUCGAAAGUAAGUUACCUCUAUUUUUUUCAGCAUUAUUUAUUCAAUAAAGCCAUCAAAUCUUACUUUACGAACAUUAUUCUCCUUGAGAUCUCACUGUCCCACCAAAUAGAGACAUUCGUAUUGAACUUUCAGAUAAUUUUCACUGUACUGAAACCUCUUUGAUUAAACUCGACAUCUUAUUGUUGUCACAGGUCACUAGUCCGUGACUGUAGUUUUUGAUUAUUUCAGUAGAAAUAUGACUUGACUUUUAAAACAUAUAAUUUGUGAUUUUAGACAGGAAAAUUUAUUAAUGUCUCGUGUAUGCACAUGCAGCAAGUUACUGCAAUGCCCCAUUAUUAUUGGCGUUAGCAUUGGCACAGUUGAUCAAACAUAUUAGCAUUCACCAGAUUACUCGUAGUAUUAUCGUACCGUUUAAUCAAUCGUUACUGAGAUUAUUGCAAGGAAUCACUGCCAUGUGCUAGUUGGAUGUAUACGAAGAGUUUAUCAGAUGAAAUAAAGCAGAAUUAAUUAAAUACAAUCAAGUCACCCUAAGAAUAGACGCUCAGUUAGACCAGAAGUACUUUUUUGAAGAGGAAUCGACUCAUAUGUAUAAAGCACCUGGUUAAAGAGAGUUAUACUAGUGUGCCUAAUUUAACUUUGAAUAGAAAGAAGCAGCAAGCGCAUGGUUGUUUACCGAACAACAUGUUCGGAGGUGUAAAUAAACCCAGAUCAUAACAGUUGUGAAAAAUGUUUGGAGACGAAAAAUUAUUAAGGAGAGUAACUCGUACCAGUAAUUGGGUGACUAUUGUUUACUGUGAACAAACUAGUCUUGUGCAAGAACAAAAAAGAUUACUUCUCCUUCUGUAACUGCUAGGAAUAAUUACUUUACAACGAGAAGAAAGUUGAUUCGCUGUCUUUGCGAAUAUCUAAGCGACAUUGUCUAACCACAAAUGACUACAUAUCACAAUAUCACUCGAUAGAUCUAUCUAUAAUAAGGCAUAAUAAUGACUGUUAAUUACUCUAUUAAUUAAACUAACUAGAAAACUACUAAUAGACACAAAUAAAUAAAAUAUUUAACCUUCCGACUUCCAUGCUCUGCAAUCUGGUUUCGCGACUGCUCCACUAACACUUGUUAUAUCGAUUGAUUUAUCAUAACAUUGAGGAGGGAUUCUAUGUAACACAUAUAUCAGGUGUGAGAGCACCCAAAAUCUGCUACAAUUACAUCUGAAAUGUGAUCAGAGUGUGACUCGUUUAGAACAUUUUUCUCACACUGACUAGAGGUGAGUGAAUUGUGAGGAUAAAUAACACUUGAUAUGGGUCCAUUAGAACUAUAAUUAGAUUUGAACCCAUUGAGAAUUCGUGCAUCAUAUUGACUAAUUUUUCACAAGAAACAAAUGCAUCGUGAGAACAAGCAACAUUUGUUAUGAUAUCGCUGGAAUUUGAUACAUUCGAAACAUUUUUCUCAAACUCAUUAAGGACUUCAUAAGAAAUAAUGAAUCAUCAAGAUAGUCAGCAUCUGAUAUGACAUCAUUAGGAAUUUGAUCAGAAAUUGAUUCAUUUGAAACAUUUGUCCCACCCGACGUGACUGGAUAAUUAGAAUGAGAGGGAUGUGACAAAAGAACAUUUGAACAUUGUCCAGAGUCAACAUUAUUAAGGAUUUCAUGCAAUUGGUUCACUUUAUGAAUUUAAAUAAAGCAAGAACAAAUAUUGGUGCAGAAUAGUAUGAAUUCAUAUUAUUUCGAGGUUUGUCGUCAGUUGCUUACAAACCAAAAAUGUGAUAGAAUUUUUACAUCGAGAUAGUGUGUAAACAAUUGACAUGGAUGAGUGUAAAUAACAGGAUUACAAUAAUAACUAUAUAUAUAUGCUAGAACAGGUCAGAGGUUAAAAAAGGAAUUAAUUCAGGGUGGGUGGUGUAAUAGUUUAGUGAAGUCCAUAAAUUGUAUGAUGAUUUUGGAGAUUAAUGAAAUUGGAUAAUCAUAAGUUAGGUUACGUAAUAAUUAAAUCGAAUUUGAAAAGUUAAGAUAAUUUAAGAGGAUCAGGUGGUGGAAAUGUGUGAAUAAUAAUGUGUUUUUUGGUUGAGAUCAUGAAUUGAUGUUAGACCACCGUUGGAAACCUGGAAGUACUGGAUGGCCGUUUCGUCCUAGUAUGGGACUCCUCCUAGGACAAAAUGGCCGUCCAGUUCUUCCAGGUUUCCAACGGUGGUCUAACAUCAAUUAAUUCAUGAUCUCAACCAAAAAAACUUAACAAUCUCCACAACCCCCAUACUGAUAAUAAUAAUGUGGUUUAAGAAUUAUGUAAUAGGGGAGGAGUAUAAAUAUUUUAAAAUAAAUAAAUGAAUAAAAUAACCCAAAUAACCAAAAUACGCACACAAAAAAGGGGGUUACCACGGUAGUGAUAAGUUCAUUCAAGUCUCUUUUUGAAUUCAUAAAUCCGGUUUAAGUUUUUUGAUCACAAUGGCUUCAGCAAAACGGAGGGUGGUCGUACUUCUUUGUCUGUUGAUAAUUUUGAAAGCGUGCGGAAUGUCGACGGUGUGCCCGGUGUCAAGUAGAUGUCGAGCUAUUGCGUUGUUGAAAGUCUUAGUCCCUCGCAGUUUUUUGAAACAUGCUCAGAAAUUCGUACAUGCACUCUCCUCUCAGUUCUUCCAAUGUAUGUGUUUGGCACGUACAUGUGAAUUGGUAAAUGCAGUUGGAGCUAUUAAGAAAAGAGGACUUGUCGAUUUUGGUUUGUUUAAGUGAGCAGUUCGUUUGCCAUACUGUCAUAAGUUUUGCUGCUGAGUAGGUCACUUUCAACGCACAGUUUAGUCUGUGAUUAAUUAUUCCGGCAAUUUCAUCACCUUUGAAACGUAAGUAUAAGAAGCAGGUUUUCUUUUCUACUCCAUCGUAUUUUGUGCGAGGAUUAUUAUUAAGGAAUUUGUUGACCUCUUCCUCAUUCACAAAACUGUUCCUUACUGUAUCAGUUAACUCGUUAAGUGUAUCUAGAACUUUUGAGUGCGAUUCCAAAUUUGAUUGUUUAAGCAUAUGUUCGUUCGAUGCACCGAUGAGCAUUAAGUGGGAUCUGAUUAACAAAUAAAUCUUCAAUAAACUGAAGCAUCCGUUUUACUUUUGCUGCUGAAACUGACAUGUUCUCACAUUAGUAACCGCGUCGUUUAUUGUAACAGAGACUUGAUAAAUAAGAGCAGAAUUAUAUUUAUAACUGAGGAAACAGGAUUUGGGGUAAGUUGAACUGAAAACUGGGUUAUAACUGGAAACAGACAGUUAUGUUGGAAACUGAAGCUUGUAAAUUGACCCAGUCAGCGAUUGUUUUGUUUUCUUUUUUUCCGAAAUUCCUGUCGUCAGUUGUUCUAUCUAGUCGUCGAUAAUUGUUAUGUCAGAAUCGCUUAUUACUUAUACCUGUAAAACGGUGAACCACUGCCAUUCCCAUGACGUAAAGAACACCAAGACCGGUACAAGUGAUUUAUUAACCCCAAAACAUAAAAACGACCCUGGUUAACAAUAAAUUCAUUUGUAUAUUGACAGUACACCCAUUUUGAUUAUUAAUUAGAACAAAGUCACAUAUAUGAGAAAUACGUAGUUAUAACAAAUCGUAUGCUGCAUGUCAUGUUGAGCAUAGUUCAUGUUAACUUAAUACAAGAAUAUCGUAUCUUGAACAAAAACCACAAUGAGUAAAAGAAUGUAACAUUGGUUUUUAAUCCCACUAUAUUGUAGACUACUAAUAAACACAUAUAAAUGCAAAUAUUUUAUUUUUUAUUUCAGUUAUUUACAAGCUGAAUGGAAUACUCGCAGAUCAGCCCAAGAUGGUGUUCUCCGCUUCGAUAAGGAUACAAUUCGAGGUUUUAGUCCUCGAGUGCCUGUUCAGAGUAACCUGGUUGAUUGUGGAAUCUACCUACUUCAUUACGUGGAAAUGUUUUUCAAGGUGAAUUUAAUUGUUUUGACAUACCGUAGUUAGUUAUGGGUGUAAACUUGAUGUGUUAUUGUUAACAUGUAACUUGUAAAUCUGAAUAUCGGUCAUUUAUUUCAGGCUAUCAAAGUGUGUAUGGUCCUUCGCUUGAUGGGCUGGGCCUAAUACAAAUGAAUCGUACCUGUGGUUAGAAUUAUAUGUUUAUUAUGUACCUAGUGUGCUCAUUCUGAUGUAAACCUACGGAAACCAAUCUUUGUACUAUAGUUACUGUGUAUACUUGGGUGUAAACUCUCAUCUUCUGUAUAAUAUUCGCUUAUAUAGAUUUCUAAAAUAAUAUCAGAAAAUUCUAUCCAUAUUAAUGAUCAUUUGUCCAUUUCUUUAUAUGCAUUACCUUAGUAACUGAUGACUUGUAACCCCUAAUAUACUUAUUGGAUUGCUCUUUAAAUUGUUUCAUACGCGACCCUGCAGUUUACUUUUGUCGACAGUGUUUUCGUGAAAUAAUCUAUCAAUAACUGACCGAAAAGUUAACUCUAUCACUUAUUCGCCUUUUUACCACUGGUUAAUAUAUUUUUAGAAACCUGUUCAAAGUUAUACGAAGGAUUAUUUCCAACACGAAAUGGCUGGUUGGUUUCCAGAAGCUACUGUCAGCCAGAAGCGUGCCCAAAUCCGUGACCUUUUGGUUAACCUACGAGAGCGUACACUGAGGGAGAAGGCUAAAAAUUGAUUCCAAUACAAAUCACUGUAACACUAUUCCUCUUAAUAACUUACGAAAUUCAAUUCUUCAAAUGGAUAUAACCACCCCAUCUUCUUGUAUAUAAAUACACUCCCAUCGUUCCUCUUGCAUUUCGAUUGUCUUUUUCGACAGUGUGAUUGGUUCGGAGACUACUACUAAACUAUUAUUGACACUUUUUGUAUUACAAUUCUUUCAGUCGAAUAUUUGCCUUCGACUUAUUUUAAAACACUGGGCUAUCAUCAAAUGAAUCUUAAUACAUUUGUUAAAACUAACUGUGAACGCACUACUGUGUGAUUUUAUAGUUUUACUAUUUGUAAUACAUCACUGACACCAACCAUAACGGUCAUUGUAAAGUUUUUCUUUCUGCACGCUAUUAUUAUUUUCAUAAAAGCAGGAAACUAAUAAUGAGUAUUUGUGCAUGUUUCUGUAUUUUCCAAUUUCCCAACUGCAUUGUAUGCCACACAGGUGAAGUUAUUAGUGGAUAUAUCGACCAAUCAUGUGUAAUUGAUUGAUGCACUACUGACUAUAUGUAACCCAUUGAAUUCAGUUAGGAAUUCAAAAAACACUAAACUACAAAAUUGGUGAGUAACUGAUACCGAAAGCGUAUAAAGUUCUAUGAACGUAUGCCAUAACACUGAGGAACCUACCUGUGUUUCCUACCUCCAGUAAAGUGUUGCACAGCCAUAUGCGAAAACAGCGAAGUACCUUGGAACGUCUUUGCUCGUUUGUAGACAGACAGACACCGUUUGUUCAACAUACGCGACGAAAGUACAAAAUCCAAACAAGGUUUUCAUUCGUGUCAAAAUUCUGUCGUCUAUCUAUCGCCCAAUGCUAAUGGAGCUGCCAAGGUGAGUAUCGUCAGUGUGCUGAACUACUUACCUCCAUAUGUUCAGACUAAAAACUGGCCCACUGUAGUUCUAAAGCAUUUCGAAUUGUUGGAGACCCAACUAACACUAAUGUAGUCCUCAAGACAUUCAGACGAGUUCAUUUCACUGACGUCUUACUCAAACAGAAAUAUGCCACCUGAGUAAUCUAAAUUGAAUGAUCUCACAUUGCCAGAUUAUUGCCUAUCGAAGGUUGUCCUCGGGCGGAAGAGUUCAUGUACCUAUCCUACAAUAGUGUACGUCUUUUAAAAUUUCUAUCCACAACGUUCAUACAUCGAAACAGAUCGAACAACGGACAUUUACGACUAAGACUAACGUCUCGCAACGAUGUGGAAAACUUUUUAUUUAUUUAUUUUAUUUGAACACAUAAAUAUUAGUACAAGAGAGCGCCAAUAUAUAUGCGCCACACAAAACAGUGAGAAUGCGAAGAGAAAUAAAAAAACAACUAAGGAGCGCAAAAGAAAAAGGGAACAAUAACGAAGAGAUUGGUGUAAGGUAAUGUGGUAGUAACGAGAUACAAUCAGAAGAAAUCUUUCAGGUAAAGGAGACACAACCACUUUUUAUGAAGAAAGUAAAAGGUUACAGCAGGAUCGCCACUGGCUUCUAUUCUGAGCCAUAUCUGAUAACGUCUCUAGCCACUGUGUAGCACCAUCUCUCGGACCCCAACCAGGGAGUCGUGAAGGGCCAACACAAGCCAGUCCUGUACAGCUUUCAUGCCACGACACCAUGUCAUGCACUGACCACCUCUCCGCUUCUUCCAACCAGUUCCAGAGUCGGCAAGUAAUGCACGACGUGGAAUUCUCUGGGACGACAUUCGUAGAACAUGUCCAAG